AAAUUUCCUCAUUCGUUCAUAAUUUAAAAAUUUCCCCCUUCAUACCGCAAUGCUUAACGAAUUUGAACAACUUAUUUCUAAUUUCUUGAUUCCUGAUAGUGAGAUCAUCAAAGAAAGCACUAUCAAAUUGAAAGAGGCCCUUAAAACUCCUGACUGCAUUGAAAAAUUAUGCACACUGAUAAACUCGUCACAAAAUGUUAUGGUCAGACAAUAUUCAGCUAUUUUAUUGAGAAAUAAAAUUGCCAAAAAAUAUCAAUGGAAAGAACUAAAACAAGAACAAUCUCAACACAUCCAAGAAAUUUUGUACACAUCUCUCAGGGAAGAAAAUGAGAAAUCGGUAUUAACUAUGGUUUGUUCCGCUAUGGCUGCCAUCGUUAAGCAUAAGCUGGAGGCCGGACCCUGGAGCGAAUUCUUUAACUCCUUAAUAAUUCUGAUGAAUGAUCCUAGUGUCGAGAGAAGAGAGAGAGGCUCUUUUAUUUUGAAUGAAGUCCUAACCCCUGGUAAUACCAUACAUUUCGUGGCCAGACACUUGAGUCAGUUCACCCCGUUAUUUACAGCCAUUUUGCAAGAUGUUUCUCAUCCCCUACCAGCUUUUUACGUCGCCAAAUGCUUAAUAAAUCUGCUGCCCUCUUUGAGUGUUAGCGAAAGUAAAUUGAUCGACACCUGGGGACAAUCAAUAUUGAAUCUCAUCGCUUCUCUAGUUAACCAGGAUGAAGAAAAGGCUUCAGAGCUGAUGGAAUAUUUCACCGAUAUAAUAGAAUGCGAUAGCAUCGACAAUGCCCACGUUUUACAAAAAUAUGUCGAAAUUUUUUUGAAAAUGGCGUCAAAUAUCGAAAUACCGGACAGUGUCCGAAUAAAGGCCGUUUAUUUCGUCAGGACUAUGCUAUGUAACAAGAAAAAGAUAAUAAUAAAAUCUAAAAUGACAGACAAAAUAGUGGACAUUAUUAUGCCCUUGUUUUGUCACCAAAAUCCAGAAGACCCGGAUGACGAAUCGUUCUACGAGGAAGACAGUUACCAAAGUUCCUUGCUCGGCUCUGUUACUGAUCUUUUAGAAGAAAUGUCCAUCAAUAUUUCGCCAGGGAAAUUUAUGCCCAACUUGUUGAAUCAUAUGGAAGGAAUGCUAAAUCGGACGGAUCAGCCAUACAAACAGAGGGGAGCUUUUUUGGCACUCGCUAGUGUUUUGGAUGGAUGCCCAGGUUACAUAAAGCAAAAAUGCCUAGAGCCGACCGUUAAAUGCGUUAUAAAUGGUGUCAAGUCCGAUAAACCCGUUGUUCAAAAGUCAGCUUUUCACGCAUUAUCACACAUGUCUGAUUCUUUACAGCCCGAGAUAAUGGAAUAUCAUAGCCAGAUUAUGCCUUUACUUUACGAAAGGAUAGGCCAGUUGAGUUCUAAUCAAGUCAAUUCUCCAGUAGCCGAUGUCUUAGCUAAUGGGGAAGAUUUGCAUGCCGAUGGAGAUCACGAGAAUUGCUUAAUCAAAGCCUUCACUGCCUUCGAAACCUACAUAGAGAAUAUGGAUAAGGAAAUACUGGAACCCUACUUACCUGUCAUACUGAGAAACAUGAUCGAAAUAUUGAAAAAUCCUGGUUUGCCUAUCAAAUUGAAGGAGUUUGCUAUCUCUUGCUUAUCUGCUACAGCGAGUGCGGCCGAGGAAUUGAUUCAACCUUACUUCCCAGAAAUCCUAGCGAUAUUGGAGCAAUAUUUGGUCACUCAAUCGAGCGAUUACGAAAAAUUGCAGAUACAAUCCAUAGAUACUUUGAAUAUGUUGAGCAGAUGUUUGAAACAACGUGGGAAUUUCGCCCCGUUUACUAAUAAAUGCCUCGAAUUCUCUAUCAAAAUUCUGCCCACCAAGCAAGACCCGGACCUUAAAAGUGUCGUAUACGGUUUAUUGGGUGGUCUGUCAGCCCUCAUGAAAGAAGGAAUGGCUCCCUUCCUUCCCAGUCUUCUACCUCAUUUCACGGAAUCCUUGACACAAACAACCGAAAUGAUGCAAGUAAAAGCUGGGAAAGAGGAUAAAAAUGCGCUCACAAAAAUAUUCGAUACUAUUGACGAAGAUGGCGAUGAUAAAAAAGAAGCAGACGAUAUGGAAGACGAAGAGGAUGAAUGUAGUGAUAACGAAUCAGAUAAUAGUUGUGCCGUUGAAAAUGCAUAUAUAGAGGAGAAAGAGAACGCACUUUUGCAUUUAGGAGAAAUAGCGUCCAAUCUUGGCAAAUCAUUCAUACCUUUCCUCCAACCACUAUACGUGACUAUAUUACCCAUGCUCAAUCACACUUACAUAGACGUUCAAAUCGAAACUAUCAAAUGUCUAGCCAAUUUUUGUUCUUGUUUGGCCCUAUCCAUCUCGAAAAAGGCGAAUUCCAUUGAUGCCAUUGGAAACAAAAAAAAUUUCGCAGCAGUGGAUAAUGACCAGACCGCACUUUUCGCUUUCAACAUGAUGUCAUACGAAUGCCUCACCAAAUUCCUUGAAAUAAUUCGGACUGAUGAAAAUAAGGACGUGGUAUGCUCGGCCUUCGAAGCCAUCAAUCAAAUUUUCAAAAAUGGCGGGAGCCAUAUGACUCAGUCUACCGUUUUAGAUCCUAUUUGCACGAUCGUUAAGCGCGCCAUCAAUAAAAAAUUGAAAUGUCAACAAGAAUCAUCCGACUUCAUUGAUGAUAACGACGAUAUGAAAGCAGACGAUAUCGGCGACGAUAAUGAACGUCAGCGUGGUGAUCAUCACGAUGGAGAAGACGAUCUAGAUGAGACGGAAGCCGAUGAAUUGAUCAUCCAGGCCGCUUAUGAAGUAAUCCCAUCGAUGCUCACCUGCAUAGGGGCUAAAAAAUUUGGGGAAGGAAGACAAUAUCUACCCUACUUUCUCAACGAUAUUACCAAAAAAAUGAUGCUAAAGCCUCAUCAAAAUAUUCAAAAUGGCGCUCAUGAUUCGUCAAAAUUCGAAGGGGACGAUUCUUUCGACUCUAAUACGCCUAAUCAAAGAUCUUUCUUUCUGGGAAUUUUAGCCGAUAUCAGUUCAUCCAUCCCAUCUGACAUCGACUGGGAAGGUAAACAGAUGGAAAUAGAGACCAUAUAUAGAUUGAUCAUGGAUGCUCUCACUCGCUCAACAUACACAAGUUCAGCCACCAACGAUAGUAAUAAUAAGGAGGUUUUGAGCAACGCUGUCUUCGGUAUGGGCUGCUUGGUACUCAACAAUCCACGUAUCUUGAGUGAUGAAUCAAAAUGGCCAUUAAUCAAGUUCAAGAUUGAAGAUCUAAUCGAAAAACACAUUUCCAAUAUGAAAACCCCCAUGGUGAGUGCAGACGAUUUGAUGCUUCGGGACAAUUUAAUAGCCUGUCUAUGUCGGUUUAUCAUGGCGUCACAACCUAUCAGAAUGAGCGAUUUUAAUGAAUUUGUUCCAGUGAUUUUGAAGAAUUUGCCUCUUAAAAAGGACUUUAGCGAAAAUGUAACCGUUUACAAAUGCCUGCAUCUUUUGUGGACAUCAACCAAACAACAGCUGACUCCAUCCUUUAUGGAACCGUUAAUUCAAGUUGUCGUGAAUGCUCUGUUGUCCGAUAAAGUAGAAGAUGACGCAGAAAUAUACCUGAAAGAUUUGUUCACUCAAAUGUACAAUUCCCAAGCUGGUCCCAUUUUCCAGUCCUUAAUCCAAAAUUUAAAUUCUAAUCAAAAAGAAAUUUUGAACCAUUAUUUACAAUGAAGAAAAAUGAAAUAGUGCAUUAUUAUCGAUUUAUUUUAUGAAUAUAUUAUAAAUUUUUACAUAUUUUUUAUAUUGGAAAUCCUCUAAUAUCUGAUUUUUUU